UUUACACUAUGAUUGAGUACAUGCAUCGCUCUCUCUAUGCACCUCCAUAGUCCCCCCAAAUAUUGCUUUGGUUGAUGAAACAUCAUCGAACAAUGUCUACAAUGCCUUCCAAUAUUGACUAUUCUACUUCACUGAACAGAAUGCCUGUCAUGGUCCUGCCUGUAGAAUGAGAAAUUAAGUGCACCCAAUUUCAGUUAUUUAACAUUCAUGUGUGUGUGUGUGUGUGAGUUAGAAAAAAACUUGUCUUAUUUUAGACAUUGGCCUUGACAGUUUCUAUAGUGUCAGAGGUUUAACCUUGAGGGUUGCAGUUUUGCCCUUGAAAACCUUUACGAAAGUCUGCAUCUUGGCUCAGGUUCCACUUUUCAUUUCAACUCUCUCCCUGCACCUGUCACAAUGCCCGUGUUAGUGAAUGUCCUCAUCUCUUGCCCAGCCCUGAAACUCUGGGACGGUUCAUGUGGUCAAUAUAUAUUCAUCGUGUGGAAACUGAUUUAUCUCUCAUAGGUGUCAUAUAGAGUUCGGCACACUGGCACCUGGAAGAUUGUCACUCGGAUGGUGGCUGUUUGGGUGCUGUCCUUCUUGACGAAUGGGCCCCUGAUUCUGAUUUCAGAGUCUUGGAAGAAAAGCACCAGCACCACAUGUGAACCCGGAUUUUUUAUCACGUGGUACAUUGCCGUCUUCACGUCGUUAUUGGAAUUCCUGGUUCCUAUCUUAGUCGCUUAUUUCAAUGUCCACACUUACUGGAGCCUGUGGAAGCGAGGGAACCUCAGCAGGUGCCUCAGCCAACCCGGAGUCCCCUCUGUCUCUUCCAGUGAUGGCCAUGGGCACACAUGCAGACAGGGCCCAGGUUCAAGGGUGACCCUUCCAGCACAGAAAGAAGCAGCGGCCUUCCUGGAUCCAGGCAAACCACGAAGAAAGAGCAGUGUCUUGUUUUUCAGCAGAGCUCACAAGAAUAACAGUAUUAUUGCCUCCAAAAUGAAUUCCCUCUCCCAAUCAGAUUCCCUGGCUCUUCAGCAAAAGGAACAUUUUGAACUUCUCAGAGCCAGGAAAUUGGCCAAGUCACUGGCCAUUCUUUUAGGAGUUUUUGCCAUUUGCUGGCCUCCAUACUCACUGACCACAAUUAUUCAUUCCAUAUUUCAGGUACAGGACUUUGCUAAAUCCAACUGGUACAAAGUUGCCUUUUGGCUCCAGUGGUUCAAUUCCUUUGUUAAUCCCUUUUUGUAUCCAUUGUGUCACAAAUGUUUUCAGAAGGCUUUCUUGAAAAUAUUUCGGGUGAGAAGACAAUCCAUACCAGCACACAAUCGCUCAGUAUCCUCUUGAAGAUAAUGUUCUCACUUCUAUAAAUUUUAGGCAUAAUCCCUCCUAAAAGAAUUUGACCUGGUUUGCACAUUGCCCUUUACACUCUACCAAAAAACUCAUAAAACUGUAACACUUGACAAUUUAAAAAAAUCUAAACCUGAAAGUCAGUGGAAAAUGAAUAAAGUCUAAUGAUAAGAUUUUUGUAACUAGCCACAAAGUAAAUAAUUUUCUUCGUCAUAACCUCUUCCUGUAGAUCUUGAGGUAACACUGAUUGUGAAAUGCUAGUUUCUGUUUUCUAUGUUCAGCAUUUGCUGCAGUAGUAAGUUUACUUCUCUCUUUAAAAAUUUCAUAGUAGCAAUACAAGGAUAUCCAGCUGGAAAAUUAUUCCGUAUAGUGGACAAUAGAGAAAAGAGCUUCAUUGCUGGUGGUGGGUGAGUUCGGAUUGGAGAGCUUGCAUUUCCACACUCUAUGGUUGUGGUCCCAGGAAGGUGACAGGUGUGCAAAGCCCUGGCCAUCACAGGAGGAGGAGGCGAGGGACAGGCAAAGGUCAGCAGUGGUAUGAGUAUGAAGAACCUUUCUUCCUGCUCUCUUCUUCCAGCUUCCUUAUCAGCUACAAUUUCUCUUUCUGAGGAAAUGUGGGGUGAAAAGACCAUGUGAUUGAAGACACAUCUACUGAACCGGUAGAUGUCAAUAAUUAUUAAGAAAAUCUUGUAUUUAUUUAGUGUCAUUUAGCUCAUUUACCCAAUACUUUAUGUUGCAAAGCUCAGAGUUGUUCCUUUGUUAUAUAGUUAGUAUAGGUUAUGCUUUACUGACGAUUCAUAUUUUAUUAACUUGGUGAUUUUUUUCAUUUUUAAGAGUUCUCUUUUUUUUAAUGCCCUAUGCUGGUCUUUUCUCAUAAACUUUUAUAAGCUUUUUUGUUUGUUUUAAACAACAGUCAUUUAUUUCUCACCAGCCUGGAGACUGGAAGUCCAAGGUCCAGGAGCCUAGCUGAUUCGGAUUUCCUGAGAGUCCCCUCCCGGCCAGCAGAUGGCUCCCUUCUUGUUAUAGACUCCCGUGGAAGAGGACGGUGGGCUAGGAACUGAGGCUCCUGUCUCUCUUCUUUUUUUUUUUUUUUUUGGUACCGGGGAUCGAACUCGGGUCCUUGUGCUUGCGCAGCAGGUGGCGAAACCACUGAGCUAGAUCCCCGGCCCUCCUGCCUCCUGUCUCUCUUCUUAUAAGAGCACUAGUCUAUCACGAGGACCCCACCUUCAUGAACUCAUCUAAACCCAAUUAUUCCCAGAAGACCCCCCCACUACACACCAACACCUCGGGGGGCUAAAGUUUCAACGUAGGAGUUUUGAAGGGAUACAUUCAGUCCCUAACCUCAUAUUUAUCAAUUAGAAGCUUUAUAUUUCAUUGCUUCAAAACUAUUGCAUGGGACUUUUCUUUAAUAGUUUUUAUUUUCAUGCUGGAAUUUUCAAUGUUGGCUUUUUAUUUAUUGAAUAUUGAAAACAGUUGUUUAAUAAUCAGCAUCUGCUAACUCAAAUAUCUGCAGUCCCUGUGGACUGUAUUUUGUUAUCUGUUUUCCCUGCCAAUUCUUUCUCAAGGUGUCUCAUUUCCUUGUGUCUUUGAUUUUUUAAAAAAAUUAUCUACUAAGCAUUAAAAAAUUUUAUUAUGACAUGUUUGCAGUGUAUGACUACAUUCAUCA